GGUGCCCUCAGGCAGAAAAAGGAUGUAAAUCCUGAGACUUUCAUGAAUGUCAGCCAGAUCAUCUGCCACAAUGGGUACCCUAGUGAGGAGUACGAAGUCCUCACUCGUGAUGGCUACUACGUCCACCUGAACAGAAUUCCUCAUGGGAGGGAAAAUCCUAGGAAUGGAGGGGCCAAGCCGGUGGUGUUUCUGCAGCAUGGGAUACUUGGAGAAGGCAGCAACUGGGUGGAAAAUCUGGCCAACAGCCCUGGCUUCAUCCUAGCAGACUCUGGCUAUGACGUGUGGCUGGGAAACAGCCGGGGGACAAGCUGGUCCCUGAGGCACCAGAACCUUUCAGCUGACCAGGUUGAAUUCUGGGACUUCAGCUUUCAUGAGAUGGCAAUGUACGACCUCCCAGCCAUGAUCAGCUUUGUCCUGCAGAAGACUAGGCAGAAGCAGAUCUACUACGUUGGCUACUCCCAGGGCUGCACCAUCGGGUUCAUCGCGUUCUCAUCCAUGCCCGAACUGGCUCAGAAAAUCAAACUGUUUUUUGCCCUGGCUCCAGUAGUGACAGUCAAGCAUGCCAGAAGUCCCUUCAUGAAAAUGUCCUUCCUCCUGGACAGGCAAUUCAAGAUGCUUCAGGUUCUGCUGGGCAGAACGGACGCCACGCUGCGGGUGAGGAAGCUCUGGAAGUUUCUCCCCAAGCUAUGCAGGCAACCCCCACUGCACCAGCUUUGUGCCAACCUCUUCUUUCUGCUGGGUGGCUACAAUGAGAAGAACCUCAAUAUGACACGGCUGGAUGUGUACACCUCCCAUUAUCCAGAUAGGACAUCUGUCAAAAACGUGAUACACUGGGCACAGAUCAUUAAAUCAGGAGAAUUCAAAGCCUUUGACUAUGGCAGAGAAAACCCAACCAGGUACCACCAGGAGACAGCUCCCUCCUACCGGGUGGAGGAGAUGCCUGUGCCUACUGCGGUAUGGUCAGGGGGGCAGGACUGGGUGGCUGACUGGAGGGAUGUCUACCUGCUGCUGCCCCGCAUUGCCCAGCUCGUCACCUACAGCCACAUCCCAGACUGGAACCACUGGGACUUCAUCUGGGGCUUGGAUGCUCCAGAACGCCUCUACAGCAGCAUCCUGGAGCUGAUGGAGGGGUCCGGGUAG